UCGACACUCACCAAACACAUCCAUGGAGCAAGCAGAAGACGCCGAUGUCUGCCCUCCUCUCCAGAGACUACACAUAGCAACGCACCCUACACCAACAACACCAGCAUCCAUGUCUUCUUCCAAAAUUAACAACAAUUAUCAGUGUGGUAGUCCAAGCGCAUACAGCGAUACCUCCUCUCAACCCUCCCCUGAACUAUCCAGUACCUCUUGGGUCUCACAUCCCUCCCCGGCGCGUGCACAACAGCAGUUACAGCAAAAAAGGGAAGAAGCGCAGCACCAUCGACGUGUUGUGAGUUUGGAGAUUCACAAAUACCUGGCCUCUCUGGAUGCUGAAGCAGCCUCAACGCCUUGUGUGGAGAAGCUUGAGCUCGGCGCAGUCUUGGGUGAAGGCGCACAAGCAACAGUGAGGGAAGCGCAGUAUGCAGGACACACUGUCGCUGCGAAAAGUCCAAGGAGUAAAAUGGCGAUCGCUGCAUUAUACAGGGAAGCGGGUGUUCUACAGCAUCUACACAGACAUCCUCUAGCGCAAAAGUACUUGACUGGAUUUGUUGCGCUCAAGGAAGAUGACAAGGCGCCGUUGUUGUUGCUCGAGCGGGCACAGUCUGAUUUGUGGCGUUUGAUUGAAGAGGCAAGGACUGAAGCAGCGCGUGAUGCACCAGUCUUUGGGGAAGUUGGAUGGCGAGCGUUAGCGCUCUCUGCAGCGUCCUCUGUCGCUUACUUGCACAGUAUUGGCUUCGUGCAUGGCGACAUCAAACCUGAAAACUUCUUGGUAUUUGGAUCAGGAGACGAACGAACGCUGAAGCUUACUGAUUUUGAAGCAGCGACGAGUACGGAUCCCACUUCUCCUUUUGCAGCGGAUAAGCAGACGGGGGGUAUCGCAGGGACACACUAUACAACUGCGCCUGAACUGCUACGAAUGGACGCAGGCGGUUCAACAACAGCCUCAGAUUGCUUUGCGUUAGGUGUGACACUACUGUGCCUGGCUACGGGAGAGCAACCUUAUGCUGGUGCUAGAAAUGGGAUUGAGAGUGUCAUGAUGGCACAGUCUGGGAAUCCUGUUCGGUAUGCCCAGAAUCAAGGCAGAUUGGUGCCGCGUGUCUUGGAGAUUGUACAAGGAUUAUGUUGCAAGAAGCCCGAGGAGCGAUGGAGUGCAGAGGAGUGUUUGCGUCGGUUGGAGGCGAUGUAGAGAAGAGAGCUAGUUGUGACUGUAUCAAUCCCGUUGCCAU